AGGUUUUAUGUUUCAGUUGUGAAGAGUUUGUCAGCUUCACAACAGACACAGUUAGUUAAUAAUUAACCGUACUAGAUUAGAUAGCUAGUAGGAGAGGUAGCCUUUGUGUGAGUGACUAAUAAAGUAACGUUAGCUAGCUAACAAUAGCAACGUCAUAUUUGUGAAAACGUUGGUGGUGUUUAGCUAGCUAACAGUAGCAAUCUAACGUUAACUAAUUCAAACGACAUUUCUCGUAUGAAUUCAUCCAUUCAAUGAAUCAUUUUCUCAGUUCGUACAAAAGUCAUCUAAUCUGAUUUGUCCUGCUAGUAGUGAACAGUGGACCUACCCCUUGAUCAUGACUCACUUCCAUUACAUAACAGCAGAGGUUCCCAAACUUUUUUGUUCCACUACCCCAUUUUUAUAUCUGAAAAUUAUCGUGACAACAACAAUGUAAUUAGCAGCCAAUGUUUUUAUUUUUUUGGGGGGGGCUAUGGCAGUCAAUUGAAAAACCAUUCUAACAGUAUUUCUGAUUGUCUUCUCAACUCACCAUCACACAAUAAUGGCUGGAACGGCACAAAUGGAAUGGCAUCAAACACAUGGGAAACAGAAGGACAACCAUCUCUGCAGCACUCCACCAAUCAGGCCUUUAUGGUAGAGUGGCCAGACGGAAGCCACUCCUCAGUAAAAGGCACAUGACAGCCCGCUUGGAGUUUGUCAAAAGGCACCUAAAGGACUCAGACCAUUAGAAACAAGAUUCUCUGGUCUGAUGAAACCAAGAUUGAACUCUUUGGCCUGAAUGCCAAGCAUCACGUCUGGAGAAAGCCUGGCACCAUCCUUACGGUGAAACAUGGUGGUGGCAGCAUCAUGCUGUGGGGAUGUUUUUCAGUGGCUGGGACUAGGAGACUUGUCAGGAUCGAGGGAAAGAUGAAUGGAGCAAAGUACACAGAGAUCAUUAAUAAAAACCUGCUCCAGAGCGCUCAGGACCUCAGACUGGGGCGAAGGUUCACCUUCCAACAGGACAAUGACACUAAGCACAAAGCCAAGACAAUGCAGGAGUGGCUUUGGGACAAGUCUCAAUGUCCUUGAGUGGCUCAGCCAGAACCCAAUCGAACAUCUCUGGAGAGACCUGAAAAUAGCUGUGCAGCGAUGCUCCCCAUCCAACCUGACAGAGCUUGAGAGGAUCUGCAGAAAAUAAUGAUAGAAACUCCCUAAAUACAGUGUGGACCAUGCCUAUACAAUCCUUCUCCUUUCCUUUGCCUGAGACAAGGUUCUUCCAGGCUGGACAACAUGUCUACAAGUUCAAGAUCAGGGGAGGCAAUAACUGCAGUGAAGUGAAGGUGAUGGGAGAAGAGUUUGUCAAUCGGGAGUUGGAGAAUGCCAUCAGAGCGGUGCUAGCCAACCUGGACCUUCUCCAGCCGUUCACUACCACACACUUCACCGUCUACCCUUACAAGAGUAAGUGGAAGAGAGUGUCCAAGUUUAAAUUUGAGAAGAUGUCAGGAGAGAAGCUGUCUGCUUACCCCUUCCUAGUGACUGUGUACCUAGAGAACAACACACACACUGAAAUGUGUGUGGAAGAGUGCUGGACACCAGUGAGAGCAGGAGGCGUCCCUCUCCUUCCUGCCAGUAGUCAUGAGUGCCUGGCCAAGCGCAGGAAGACAGAACCACCACACUGGGGCACCCUAACACCACAACAAAGAGACUGUCUCAUCAUGCAGGGACCACAGUCACACAUACAUCAUGAACUUCUCAGACCAGGGGAAACAGAGGCAAAGAAUGGUGAUGGCAAGGUGUCUCUCUCUAGCUCUGUCUCUCUCUCUGUCUCAUUCUCUGUCUCUCUCUGUCUCCCUCCCUCUCUCUCUGUCUCACUGUCUCAUUCUCUGUCUCUUUGUCUCCCUCCCUCUCCCUCCCUCUCGCUCCCUCUCUUUCCCUCUGUCUCUGUCUCUCUGUCUCCCUCCCUCUGUCUCCCUCUCUCUCCCUCUCUCUCUCUCUCUCUCACACACACAAUGUGUCUUGUGUCUGUUUACUACUCCCUGGGGGCUACAUUUGUCCAGUCAGCUGGGAUAAUAACUCUGAUAAUAACUAGCCCAUUAAGAUAAGAAUAGAAACAUUAAAUAGACAGACUGAAUGCAUCUCAAAUUGCACCCUAAUCACUACAUAGUGCAUGCUCCCUGGACAGAAAGGAAGGGAAUGGGGUGCUGUUUGGGAUACAUCCACUGUAUAUCAUGGAGAAUGGAAUCACAUCUCAGCUGAGAGAGAAAGACUGUGUGUUUGGAUGUUGGAUUAGCAGCAGGAUCUUGGUGUCCUGCAAUUCCAGCCCCCCCCCUCUCCUAUUUUCUCUCCAUCCGACUCCUCCUGUUUCUCCUUUCUGUCUUUCUCUCCCAUUCUUACCCGUCUUUUAAUAUACAGCGUCGUUCAUUGGCUUGAAUGUUCUCUCUCCCUCUGUCUCUCUCCCUCUCUUUCUCACUCCCCCUCUCUCUGUCUCUCUCUCUAUCUCUCCCCAUUCUCUCACUCCCUCUGUCUCUCUAUCUCUCUCUCUCCCCCAUUCUCUUUGUCUCUCUCUCUCGCUCCCCCUCUGUCUCUCUAUCCCUCUCUCUAUCCCCUCUCUAUCUCUCUCUCUCUCACUCCCUCUGUCUCUCUCUCUAUUCCUCCCCCUCUCUCUCUGUCUGUCUCUCUCCAUCCCCUCUUUCUCAGGCAGACUGUGUGGUAUCAGAUAGCCAGACCCCACAGAGUACAGGUGAGAGUGAUAGUCCUGACAAGAACUGAUGAGCUGUUGGUUCUUAAUCAAGAGGUUACCUUGUUACCUCCAUCCCCUUCUGAGAUGACAACGUGUGUGUGUGUGUGUGUGUGUGUGUGUGUGUGUGUGUGUGUGUGUGUGUGUGUGUGUGUGUGUGUGUGUGUGUGUGUGUGUGUGUGUGUGUGUGUGUGUGUGUGUGUGUGUGUGUGUGUGUGUGUGUACAGGUACAGGUACAGGUACUCACCAGUGUGUGUGUGUGUGUGUGUGUGUGUGUGUGUGUGUGUGUGUGUGUGUG